AUGUCUCACGUUCUGCGCCGUCUAUGUCUCCUCGCUCUCAGUGCUGCCAUCAUAGCUGUCCAGGCACAGGGCACUUCAGGUGGCCUCACUGUGACCACAGAGACCGGCACAUAUGUCGGUCUGAUCAACGGCACCACCCCCAACGUCCGUCAAUUCCUCAAUGUGCCAUUUGCGCUUCCUCCCACCGGGCAACGUCGAUGGCUCCCACCGGUGAAAGUCACAUCCAACUCUUCGAGACUCGUUGAUGCUACUUCGUUCCCUCCAUCCUGUCCCCAGUAUCUCUCAGCGGUUCCGUCUGUGUGGAACGAGAUAGUCCCACAGUUCGUCAUUCCAGCUGGGCCAUAUCCACCAAAUGCUGGGGCAAUGCCGCCAACAACGGCCGAAGAUUGUUUGUCCCUGGCUAUCUGGGCACCGACGGGAAAUGGUUCCAAUUUGCCGGUCAUCAUGUUCAUGACGGGAGGCAAGUGGUUCGAAGAUCCCUCUGUCAAAUCUCUGCUGACUGGAGACUAUCGCGUCGGCAUAAUGGGGUUCCCGAAUGCUGGAGGUCUUGAGUCUCAGAACCUUGGAAUACUUGACCAGCGCAUGGCCCUUGAGUGGGUUCGUGAUAAUAUCGAGGCUUUUGGGGGUGAUCCAUCUAAGAUCACGCUUUGGGGUCAAUCUGCAGGUGCUAUGUCGGUCGAUUUCCACAACUUUGCCUUCCACGAUGACCCGAUAGCAAAAGGGCUCUUCAUGGAGUCAGGCACUGCGUUAUUGCAAGGUACUUCUACUGACUCCAAGCACUCAAACUUCACGUUUGUGGCAUCUCACCUCGGCUGUGGAGGUCUCAACGCGUCUGCAGAAAUCCAAUGUAUGCGUGAUGUGCCUGUUGAAAAGAUCGUCAAUUUCGUUGGACGUCGCGGCGAUAACGGAACCAUGCCAGCUCUUGAUUUUGGCCCUGUCGCAGAUGCAAAGGUCAUCUUCUCGAACUACACACAACGGUAUAAGCAAGGUCUGGUGGCCAAUGUUCCGGCAAUUGUGGGAAACGCAGCGGACGAAGGUGAAGGCUUGACACCUUACACCAAUGUUACCGCAGGACCAAAUGAGACUCUUGCUUUACAGACAACCAUCGGUGGAUUCAUCUGCCCUUCCCACAACACGUCCGAAUACAGAACGCAGAACAAGCUGCUGACAUACCGAUAUCAAUAUGCUGGCAACUUCUCCAACAUCUCGCCGCGACCAUGGAUGGGCGCUUACCAUGACACCGACCUUCCGAUGCUUUUUGGGACAUACAACGACUUCCGCGGUGCCGGCCCUGGGUUUGAAGGUCGUGUGAGCCAAAAGCUACAAGACUUGGUCCUUGCGUUCAUGAAAGAUCCGGUAGCAGGGCCGAAGGGUAUGGGAUGGUCAGAUUACACAAGCGGCCAAAUGUUGCGGUUUGCAGCAGAUGGUGUGGUAGCGAAGAAUGUCAGCGUGCAGACUGUCGAUGGUGUCUGUACAGGACAAGGAAGCUAUGAUCCAACUCCAUGA